AUGCAAGUGCCGGUUCUCGGCUGCACUUUCCUCACGCUGUCAGAUCGUGAGGAAAGUACUGCCGAGAACCGGCAGUUGUCAGAGCGGGGAUCGGCACCGAUCAUCAGGGCACUGAUGAUCAGUGCCCUGAUGAUCGGUGCCCAGCAGUGCCACCCGCAAGUUCCACCCACCUGUGCCCAGCAAUCACCCACCUGUGCCCAGCAGUGCACCCACCUGUGCCCAGCAGUGCACCCACCUGUGCCACUCUGCAGUGUCACACACCUUGUGCCCAGAAAUGCCACCUACCUGUGCCCAGCAGUGCCACCCACCUGUGCCCACCCACCUGUGCCCAUUAGUGCC